GGGGCCUCCGGCGUGGGGCUGUGAGACCGUUUCUGUAGAAUGUCGCUUUGCUGCUUUCGUCCUGGGACUCUGCGCGGCCAGGUCCACACAGACCACUUCUGACCAAGCCAGAGGGCACACCGGAGGCUCAGACCAGAAGGACCUGGUACACACAUUGUUUAUAUUUCAUCGACAGUAUUUACGGAGCCCCGCGACGUGCCAGUGAGGGGAGCACAGCGGUGAACGGGCCAGGCACAGCCCCUGUCCUCGGGCCUGCGGGCAGUGAGGGACGCAGACCCUGAGCAGCACGCCCAGUGGAAGAGGGUCCCAGGCAAGUGUGGGUCCGGCAGAGAGCUUCACCGAGUCAGGGGCCGGGGAGGAGUCCCAGAGGGACUGACAUUUAAUCUGAGUUGAGAAUCAUGGCUGCAGGAAAAUUUGCAAGCCUUCCCAGAAACAUGCCGGUGAAUCACCAGUUCCCCCUGGCCUCGUCCAUGGACCUUCUGAGCAGCAAGUCACCUCUUGUUGAGCAUCGCACAGAUGCCUAUCAAGACGUGUCCAUACAUGGCACCCUUCCACGGAAGAAGAAGGGCCCUCCUCCCAUAAGGUCCUGUGAUGACUUCAGUCACGUGGGUACCCUCCCCCAUGCCAAGUCCCCACUGCAGAGCUCACCUCUGAGCCAGGGCGUCGUCCAGGAGCACCCUCUGCAAGACUGGAGAGGCGAAACCUUCAACUUCAGGGACCAGCCUCUUCUGGACCCAACUCUGGAAUAUGUGAAGUUCUCCAAGGAGAGGCACGUCAUGGACAGGACGCCCGAGAGGCUGAAGAAGGAGCUGGAGGAGGAGCUGCUGCUGAGCAGCGAGGACCUGCGCAGCCACGCCUGGUACCACGGCCGCAUCCCCCGCCAGGUGUCGGAGGGCCUCGUGCGGCGGGACGGCGACUUCCUGGUUCGGGACUCCCUGUCCAGCCCCGGAAACUUGGUCCUGACCUGCCAGUGGAGGAGCCUGCCCCAGCACUUCAGGAUCCGCCGCUCGGUGCUGCGGCUGAGCGAGGCCUGCCGCCGCGUGCAGUACCAGUUCGAGGCGGAGCGCUUCGACUCCGUGCCCGACCUGGUGCGCUGCUACGUGGGCAGCCGGCGGCCCGUGUCCCGGCAGAGCGGCGCCGUCAUCUUCCAGCCCGUCAACCGGACGCUGCCGCUGCGCUGCCUGGAGGCGCGCUACGGCCCGGCCCCGGAGGGCGGCCUCGCCGAGGGAAGGCCGGCCGCGGCCAGGAGGCUGAGCCUCACCGCGGGCGGCCCCCAGGCCCGAGAGCAGGGCUUCCCCCGCGGCAACCUCCUCAGAAAUAAAGAGAAGAGUGGUAGCCAGCCAGCCUGCCUGGAUCACAUGCAGGACCGAAGAGCUUUGUCCCUCAAAGCCCACCAGUCGGAAAGUUACCUGCCAAUUGGUGGUAAACUGCCCCCUCAGUCCCUGGGUGUGGACACAAACCCCUGCCCCAACUCACCGGUUUUCAGGACGGGCAGCGAGCCCACCCUGAGCCCGGCGGUGGUUCGGAGGGUCUCCUCGGACGCUAGGGUGGGGGAGGCACUGAGGGGCUCAGACAGCCAGCUAUGCCCCAAGCCGCCCCCCAAGCCCUGCAAGGCACCCCUCCUCAAGGCUCCCUCGUCUCCCUCCACCUGGCUCAACUCAGAGGCCAACUACUGCGAACUGAACCCAGCCUUGGCCGCCGGCAGCGACAGGGCGCCGGGGCCGCCCGUCUGUGCCCAGGACAGCUACGUGGAGCUGCUGACAGCCAAGCAGAACGGGCCACAGGGUGCCCGGAACUCUGGCACCAGCUACUCGAUCCUUGACGACGAUGGCGGGGCAGGGCCUUGGGGGCCACUGCCGGCACCGGGGCACAAGGGGCAGGAGGACCAGGGCACGUUCGUGAUGCCCCUCCUGGAGACUGCCUCCUCGUUCAAGCCCAAUGACUUCGCGUCGAAACUCCUUCCCCCUGAGAACAAGCCCCUGGAAAUGGCCAUGCUGAAGCGCGCGAAAGAACUGUUCACCACCCAGGACCCCAGGGUCAUCGCGCAGUACGUGCUGAGCGUGGACUGCAAGGUCGUGAGGAUACUUGACGUGUCUGAAGAGAUGAGGAAGAGCAUGGGCGUGAGCUCAGGGCUGGAGCUCAUCACCUUGCCGUACGGCCACCAGCUGCGCCUGGACAUCAUUGAAAGACACAACACGAUGGCCAUCGGCAUUGCAGUGGACAUUCUGGGCUGCACGGGCACUUUGGAGGACAGAGCAGCCACCCUCAACAGGAUCGUCCAGGUGGCGGUGGAGCUGAAGGACUCCAUGGGGGACCUCUACUCUUUCUCAGCCAUCAUGAAGGCCUUGGAAAUGCCGCAGAUCAGGAGGUUAGAAAAAACGUGGACUGCCCUGCGGCACCAGUACACCCAAACCGCCAUCCUCUACGAGAAACAGCUGAAGCCUUUCAGCAAAAUUCUGCACGAAGGCAGAGAGUCCACGUGUACACCCCCAAACAACGUAUCAGUCCCCCUGCUGAUGCCUCUUGUGACCUUAAUGGAGCGCGAGGCUGUCGCUUUUGAAGGAACUGACAUGUGGGAAAAAAACGAUGAAAGCUGUGAGAUUAUGCUGAACCACUUGACAACAGCCCGACUCAUGGCGGAAGCUGCAGACGGCUACCGGAGGAACGCUGAGAGGGUCCUGGCAGGUUUUCAACCAGAUGAAGAAAUGAGUGAAAUCUUCAAGACUGAAUUUCAAAUGAGAUUGCUAUGGGGCAGCAAAGGUGCACAAGUCAAUCAGACAGAGAGAUAUGAGAAAUUCAACCAGAUUUUAACUGCCCUCUCACGGAAACUGGAGCCGCCUCCUUUAAAGCAGCCAGAGCUUUCGUGACUCUCCAGAAAAACUUAGGGUGUAAUUUCAAACUUGUCCAGUUUCUUCUUUGGGAAAGCUUAUCAUUCGAUGAAGUACUAAUGUGCAAAUCUGACAAUAUUACAAGCUUUUAGUGCCCACAGGAUAUUAAACAUUGAACAGAGCACAGAGCACACUUAUUUAUACAUUGUUUACAAUUACUACUGAUUUUAAAACAAAUGAUAAUUUAUUAAGGUAACUAUUGCUAAUUUUGAUCAGCUAACUUAAGAGAAGGCCUAGCUAUGCUGGCUGGUUGCUUUCUAUUACCAAGUUAUUUGACCAUUUUAGUUUUAAUUCCAUGUCAGAUAAGUGUAAAUAGAAAAGAGUUUAAAAGCAUAAAACAUUUCAGAAGAUAUCAGUUGUAUGAUAUUCUUUAACUAAAUACGAAAAAUGUAAAUAGUCAUAUGAAAAUAUAUCUUUUUGUGAAACAACUGUA